GCAAAAUCAUUCUUGGAGAAUCUCAUCUCAUGCCAAACUCUUAUCUUCAAAGAACACAACACACUGGUCAAUUUCAUGUGGCAAUAUCCUUAAACUCAAACCACUGGCACCAAUUAACCAGUCUCUAACCCACUCUCUUUCUUCCAUUAUCUCUUCUACUCCUUUAUCUUUUUUCUUCACCACAUUUUAGCUACACUACACUCAUUCCCAUGCAAUGCCAUUUUCUUUAGCUUUCUCCAUUUUUCCUGCAGAAUUUAGGCUCAUGGCUUUGACUUCGAGUUAACAGUCUUUACAGAUAUGGGGCUGCUUAAACUUUCAUGGCUACUUUUCUUUUCUUGGGUGUUCACUCUCUGUGAUGGUACAGAGGUAUCUUUUAAGUUCUUGAAGGCUCCUCGUGCAUUCUCUCAUUUGAACACGGCCAAAUUUGUUUUUGAAGCUUUGGCUGGUGGGGAUGAGAGUUCUUGCUCAAACUGUACCAUAGGUUGCAAGCUGGAUGAUGGCAAUAGAGCUGAAUGUGGAGGUAGGGAGGUUAUUUAUAAGGGCUUGUCGGACGGGAGGCAUACAUUAGAGGUCUGCAUCAAUGGGUCUCAAGGAAUCAGCUGUGCUGCAUAUAAUUGGACUAUUGAUACUGUCCCUCCAACAGCUUAUGUAACUGCAUUGUCGCCUUUUACAAAUGCUCGAAAUGUUUCUGUAAAUAUUUCUUUCACUGAACCCUGCAUUGGUAGAGGGGGUUUUGGAUGUUCAUCCGUCAAUGCGUGCAACCUGCUGGUUUAUGGAGCUGGCCAAGUGAUCCCGUCUUCCAUGACUAUUCUGCAACCGAAUCUUAAAUAUUCACUACUUGUAGAUUUAUCACCAAAUGUUCAGUAUGGACGAGUGAUACUGGUGAUGGAUAAGAAUUUUUGUACAGAUGCGGCUGGGAACAGUUUUACAAGGGCAGAAAAUUCUAGUUUCUUUGUGCAUUUUGAUAGAAGAAGUGUGUUUGUUGACAUGAGAAUUCACGUAUCUGAAAAGUUACUUUUGCUCGGCAACCAAACUAGAAGCGUACAGGCAACAAAUGAUUAUGAUAACUUGAAGGUGUAUUUGUAUUUUUCAGAACCUGUUGUCAAUUCAUCUGCUCAAAUUCUAGAUUGUCUUGAUGUCAACGAGGGUACACUUCUUCCAAUAAACGGGGAAAACUUAGGAAACCGUAGAUUUGGCUUUCAGGUGGUUAAUGUAUCUAGCAUCGCUAUCAUCACUGUAGGAUUUAAUUCGAGAUCUGUUAUAAGUAGAUCAGGGACUCCCAUUUCUCCGAUUGCUCCGGUCACUUUUCUUUAUGAUUCGCAAAAGCCUUCUGUGCGACUCAGUACUCUGUCUACUUCAAGGACAAAGGACCACAACAUCCCGGUGUCAAUAAAAUUCAUGAAGCCAGUUUUUGGAUUUAACGCUUCCUCUCUAUCGGUCUCGGGGGGGCAUUUGCUGAGCUUUCAUGAGAUAAGUAAGAGCAAAUACAUUGCGGAGAUACACGCUGAUGGCGAUAUUGUAUCCGUCAAUAUUCCUCAAAAUGUAACUGGAGAUGUCGCUGGAAACAAGAACCUACCUUCUAACAUUCUACAAGUGAGACGCUAUUCUGUACCGACAAUAUCUUCUGUAAUUUCUGCUAUUACAACUGCUAUUUUCCUAGCAACAUGUUUGGUGGCUGGACUGCUCACUGUGUCAACAGCAAGCCUUCAGUCUAUUGGAGCAUUUUCACGACCAACUUCUUUGCUGACUUCGGAUCCUACAAGGAAUCUUUUUAGAAUUGCAUGCUACAUUCAGGUUUUUGCACUGUCUAGAUGGCUGGCUGGUACACUGCCAGUAGAAUAUUUUGAGUUUGCAAGAGCUUUACAAUGGAGCAUUCCAUAUUUCAGUCUCCCAUGGGAGACGGGAGGAUUUCACCCCAUCAUGUUGGGCUCAAAUUCCACCACUUCUUCACAUUCAUAUGUUUCAUAUAUUCAUGGUUUAGAAAAUUCCAUGAAUGGACAACCGGAAGAAAGGAGUUCGAAUGUUGCUGUACCAGUAUAUGGAUUACCACUUACUCCAAUGGAGUACAGAUCAUUUUUUGAGAGCCAAACCAUGAAGCCGGAAGCAGAAUAUAUAUAUGAUCUGCAGUAUUCAAAUGGGUGGAAGGCUUUUGAGAGAAGCAUGUUCUGGUUAGCUAUUGUUGGUGGCAGUUUCUUGCUGCUACAUGCUCUACUCUUUUUGAUUCUCAAACACAGGAAAAAAAACUCUGAAAAGCAGAGGGGGUCUUACGGAGCCUUAACAUUCCCACGAUUUGAGAUAUUCCUCAUAAUUCUCGCAUUGCCUUGUAUUUCUCAGGCCUCUGCUGCUGUGAUUAGAGGUGGAACUACAUCGGGGGUGGUUGUCGGCAUCCUACUGCUCGGUGUUGUGGGUGUUCUGGUUCUGGCCUUAUUCAUGUUCCUCUCUGUUGGGAUUACAUUUGGGAAGCUACUUCAGUACAAAGAAGUCCUCAAGGAAGACGAGACAUUUCACUGGUAUCAAGAAAUCAUUCGCGUAUCAUUGGGUCCGUGUAAAAGAGGCCAGUGGACGUGGAAAAACAAAACUGAUUCCGUUUACCUAACAACGUUAGGUCCUUUGUUUGAAGAUCUAAGAGGUCCCCCUAAAUACAUGCUCUCGCAGAUAUCUAUCGGUACUCCCAGCAAGCGAAGGGAUCAGAUUAUUGCAUCCGAUGAUGAAACAGAAGACGCAGAAGCGCCAUGCAUUCAGAAAUUGUUUGGAAUACUUAGAAUAUACUACACUCUGCUCGAAACAGGCAAGCGGGUUUGUCUAGGAAUUGUUGCUGGUGCCUACUUAAAUAACUGGUCUAGCAAGACUCCAUCGGCUAUCUUACUAUGCAUCACCGCCUUUCAGCUCUUUUUUCUUGUUCUCAAGAAGCCUUUUAUUAAGAAAAAAGUCCAACUGGUCGAAAACAUAGCUGUCGCCAUGCAAGUUGGUGUAUUUGCUGCUUGUUGUGUACUCCUGGAGAAGGAUCUAACAGCCCGGGGGGAAACUAAAGUUGGAAUAUUUAUGAUUGUGUUGUUCUUACUUGGAUUCUUGGCACAGAUUAUCAACGAAUGGUGUGCACUAUUCAAGCACACAAUAAGGUUGGACCCUUCCGAGCAGUCUUUCUCAACGGGUUUAAAAACUGCAUCAAUCGGGUUUCUCUUAUUUUUUGCUCCACAGAAAAUGAGCAGAAAUCUCGAACGUAGGCUACCGUGGAAUCAACAGCAGCGUAGAGAAACUGGGGGUGAGACCGGGUCUUCUGCUGAGAGAAACAAAAGCUCAGGAAGCAGGAACUCGAGCACGCCUGAUAAACCGUGGACGAAACAGCUACGAGAAAUGGCAAAAGAAAGCUUUACUACAGAAAAAAGUUCAGCUGAUCCUUCAACCAGCAGGACGACUAAAUGGAGUGGAUUCUGGCAAACCAAAAGUAGUAGCGAAUCGCCUAAUAAUUCAUCAGCAGAAUUCAAGUUAAAACCAAGCCGGUUGACUAAAGACUUGGAAUCAAUUUUUGCGUCAAAAUGAACCACUCACAUUUCCCAUUGUACCGCCACAGCUAUUGUAUUAUGAAAUAGACUACUGAUUCAGAGUGUUCUGAUAAAUUCAAUUUAUAGUAAUGUAAUUUUAGUGAUUGUAAAAGUCACAACUUGCAGGGGAUAGCAGAUUCUCCUAAAUACUUUGUUGGUAUAAAGAAACGGAACUACUAGAAAUUGUUGCUCGGA